AUGAUGCAAUGCCUGGCAGAAGGAGAAGGAUAUAGGCACCUCGGCAUUCCGACGGGGUUUUCCGUUGAUCAGAACCCUUAUUCUACGAUUCAGGGCAUGAUGGAGGAUUUGCAGCGCGUCGAGCGCUCGUUCCUAGCUUCGUGGCAGCGAGUCGAGAUGGUGGCUACUUACAUCCUGCCACGUCUCGACUUCUUGUUGCGAAGUGCCAAAGUAGAAAAGGGCCUCGUGAAAGUCGCGGACAAGCAGAUAAGGAGGCUGGCUAAGUCGUGGCUCAACCUCCCUCAGCGCGCCAGCGCGGAGGUAGUCUACCUCCCUCCUAACAAGGGGGGAUGUGGCCUGCUUCCGCUCGCUGACCUCGCCGACGUCCUGACGAUAGCGCACGUCUUCCGUGUUCUCACGGCUGGCGACGCUGGAGUCAGAGACUUGGCGUGGCCGUCGCUGAAGGGAGUGGUUAAGCGGCGAAUUGGUUCAGUACCAACGGAGCAGGACAUCGCUUCGUUUCUCUCGGGCUCGGUCGAGAGAAAGUUCCGCGACGGUGGAGAGCGCUCCCUUUGGUCUGAUGCGCGAAACGCGUGUAGACGGCAGUCCUCCAGAUUGCAGAUCCGCUGGAUGUGGGCGGAAGAGACGCGGGAGCUUCUUCUGGAGUGUCGGAGCACGGGGGGUAACCUGGUGAAGAUCCCACCAGAAGUGCGGGCUCAGGUCAUCCAUGCACUACGCCUGGCUAUCGCGUCGUAUUAUACGAGCACAUUGCUCGCCAAAAAGGAUCAGGGGAAGGUGUUCGAGGUGGCCAUGCGUCAUGGAGUGAGCAAUCACUUCAUGCCAAUGCCUCAGAGUAGCUUCUUAGCCGCGCCGCAGCUCCCGGGUCCUUUAUAUUAG